CAGGUUUAACUAAAUCUGCAGCCAUUGUCGAGAUGUCUCGUUCGAAUGCCCUCUGCCUCGCGAGAAACUCUGCGGUGUGAUUAUGCAGGAAUUUAUUAUCGCCCUCGCCGAGAAGAAACUCACGCACUUUUAUCAAACUUCCCCUAUUUGAAACUCUGGUUUUGGCAAGAAUAUCUGGCCUACAACAAUUGGAUUUAUCCACAAACACGCGUCAAGUGUGACGAUUGGGAUUUUUCUACUUGUUCUGCUUCUUACUGAGAUUUCCAAUAUAUAGUGAAAUUACGUGGAAAGUGUCGCAAACAUGUGCUUUUCACAGAGCGACGAUCUAUAACUGACUGACUGCGAGUUUUGAAUGUCAAAAGAGUCAAUGGCGGGCUCUGCACCAACACACCCGCACUUCCCCUACACGGCCGCCGCGGAAUGUUCGCCUGUGUGCGCCGUAUCAGCGCUUCUCUGCACUCUUUCCGCACAACUCCUAGCACUGUCGCCUGUUUAUCAGCACGAUUAGGCACUGGAAUAGUUGUCACUUCCUCACUAUCCCGCAAAUGUGUGGAUUUUCACGGCAGCACGUUUGUGAACACGUUUGCGCACACACACGCAAUUGUUGUUUACUAUCUUCGAAAGUUCGGACGAAAGAGCGAAAUGCCAUUUUUUGCAGUGUACUUUUUGACAGUGCAACACAACCUCAAUUGAUUGCUUAUCGUGGGAAUUGUUUUGCCUCUUUUCUGUGGAGUUUUUUCUCACUGAUUCACCAUGGCGGUGGGCAUCUUUAAGGGCAUGGAUCGGUAUCAACUGCACAUGGCUCUGAUGGCGGAAAUAGAGGAGCAGAAGAAGAUAGCGCGAAGAGGGAAGACAGACAUUGACGUGAUCCGGGAGAAUCAUCAGUUCCUGUGGGAUGACAGCGAGCAGAAUCUCUCGUGGGAGCGCCAGCUGGCCAAGAGCUACUACAGCAAGCUCUUCCGCGAGUACUGCAUCUGCGACCUGAGUCAGUACAAGAGGAAUCAGGUGGGUUUGCGAUGGCGCACGGAGAACGAGAUUGUGCUGGGCAGAGGGCAGUUUCUGUGCGGCAACAAGCACUGCCAGGAGAGGGAGAGACUGGCCAGCUGGGAGGUGAACUUCAACUACGUGGAGCAUGGGCAGAGGAAGUCGGCACUGGUGAAGGUCAGACUGUGUCCGGAUUGCUCUCGGAAGCUCAACUAUCACACGAAGAAGCGACUGGCGAAGAGGAGAUCCAAGUCCAUCGGGGGAGUGACGAAGAGACGGCCGUCCGCGGAAGUUCCCACCACAUCUACAGCUGCUGAGGCGGCUCCGGAGAGUGCAGCGGCAGCAGAUCCCGAGCCGGAGAGCCAAAACAUCUGGGCAGCCAAAGACGCUCCGGUGGAGGACAAGAGCCGCGAGGAGGAGUUCAACGACUACCUGGAGGAUCUGCUGCUGUAAUCACUCGAGCGUGUAGGAGGCGCUGCCGAAGUUGAGCUGGUUCAU